CAUGCAUUCCCUUUACUAUCAGCAGAACCUGAUCGCAGGAACAAAAUAAGGUGAAUAAUUAUUGUUACGCUACCUGCUUAAAGGCGCAGAAGGCUGUGUGAACAGCUUUCUCAACUCACAGGCCAGGUAAAAGUAACUGUUUCUGAGAGGGUAUUCUUGAAUAAUAAAUGGGGGUCAAAAGUACUGUGGCAGUAGAUUAGACAUAUGCGGGGUCUUGGCGUAUGCUAAUAUAUAUUAUUAUUAUUAUUAUUAUUAUUAGUGAAAGUAAAGCGGACAAUCUAGAGAUCGGAUUUGAUCAACUCCUGGGAUCAAGAUAGCAUGCAUGUUAUUAAAGAUAGGAAGCCAACAACAACAUCUGAGUAUUUGAUCCUAAUACGGGAAUGGGAUGCGCAAGAGCUGCGCAAGAGGAACAUUAUGCCUUAGUUUAAAAGAAGAACGAAAAUGAUCCAACCUGGAGUCACGUUCAAACAACCGAAAGUUUUCUAUGUUUCGAAAACCACUAUGUGUUAUGUGUCACCUGUUUUUUUAAUCAUCCGGUGGGACUAACGGUUUUCGGCUGGAUCCUUAUCAUCAUGUCAAAAGUAAUCCAGAAGAAAAACCACUGGAUCACCAAAGUUACCGAGUGCGCGGUGAGUCGGGAUGCUCGCGGGGAGCUGAAUGUGGAGCUGCGUGGCGGCGCGGAGAACGGAGAGUUUCCAUACCUCGGGGAAGUUAGAGAGGAUGUAUUGGUUUAUAAAAACGGACAACUGUCUAAGGGGGAGUUACUGCUGGAAGUUGAGGGUCUGUCGGUGUCUGGAUUGCCCCUCUAUGACGUCUUGAUUGUGAUGAAUCGUUGCAAGGGUCCUGUCAGGUUGAAAACUGUCCGACAAGGUAACAAGCUGAACAAGGACUUGAAGCAUUACCUGAGCCUGAGGUUUCAGAAGUCCUCCCCUGACCAUGAGCUCCAACAGACCAUCAGAGCUAACCUCUACCGCCAUGCUGUGCCUUGUACGACACGCCCCCCUCGAGACAGGGAGGUUCCCGGGGUUGAUUACAACUUCCUGUCCGUGGAGGACUUCCUGAACCUUGAGCAGAGUGGAACACUACUGGAAAUAGGAACUUAUGAAGGUAACUAUUAUGGGACCCCUAAGCCGCUGAGGCAGCCCGUGGUUGGGACAGUGAUUCUCAGUGAUGCUGUGCUCCUCGACGGUCCCCCAGGCUCCCAGCAGUCCACUCCCAAGCGCACCAAGUCCUACAAUGACAUGCAAAACGCCCGAGUAGUGCCUGCUGACUACGAGGAUGACGACCAGGCCACAGAAAUGAACAACAGUUUUACAGGAUCCUUAGUGCGUAGUCUCUUCCCCUCUCCCUUGUUGUGCACAGGUAACCCUAGCGACCAGGACGAGAGCCGCGGAGGUGUUCUACGGCCAUACCCCGCGCGCGAGAACGCUCCGUCCUAUGGUCUGAACAACGUGGCCGCCACCACCUCGGACAGCGGGCAGCAGACACACGCCCAGCCCCAGGCCUCCCCAGAAGACCCCCUAGGACCCCUUCCAGACAACUGGGAGAUGGCCUACACCGAGAACGGAGAAGUCUACUUUAUAGACCACAACACAAAGACCACAUCAUGGCUCGACCCUCGCUGUCUGGAGAAACCUCUGGAACCUCUGGAAGAGUGUGAGGAUGAUGAAGAAGGGGUACAUACUGAGGAACCGGACAAUGAGCUAGAGCUGCCUGCAGGAUGGGAGAAGAUAGAUGACCCAGUGUAUGGGGUGUACUACGUAGAUCACAUCAACAGGAAGACCCAGUAUGAGAACCCCAUAGUGGAGGCUAAGCGUAGGAAGCAGCUGGAGCAGCCGCAGCCUCCUGAAGGUGAGCGGUACAUUCGAGAGUGGAUAGAGGAGCACUCAUCAGCUGGUGCUCCCCUGGCCAUCUAUCCCAGUAACCACCUAGAGACGUACCGUGACCCCCAGGUCCCGCCCCCACUGCCCCCUGCCCCGGGAGGGACCAAACGAGGGAAGCCGUUCUUCACGCGGAACCCAGCGGAGCUGAACGGAAUCUUCAUAAACACCAAACUGAAGAAGAGCCGCCGCGGGUUCGGCUUUACCGUCGUCGGGGGCGACGAGCCGGAUGAGUUCCUACAGAUCAAGAGUCUCGUCCUGGAUGGUCCUGCUGCUGUGGAUGGGAAGAUGGAGACAGGUGAUGUCAUAGUGAGUGUGAAUGACAUCAUCGUGCUUGGCUACACCCAUGCCCAGGUGGUAAAGAUCUUCCAGUCCAUCCCAAUCGGCUCCAUGGUGGACCUGGCCCUGUGCCGUGGCUACCCCCUGCCCUUUGACCCCGACGACCCCAACACCAGCCUGGUGACCUCCGUGGCCAUCCUGGACAAGGAGCCCAUCAUCGUCAACGGCCAGCAGAGCUACGACUCCCCGUCCAGCCACGGCAGCCAGACCGGAGGCCCCGUUAACGGGAUAAGGGAGCCGCGGGCUCUCAGCCCCUCGGCGGAGGUGACGUCCAACGGCUCUCACGGUUACUCCUCCAGCGAUGUGGUCACCCUGGCGUCGUCCAUCGCUGGGCAGCCCGAGCUGAUCACGGUGCACAUGGAGAAGGGCGAUAAGGGCUUUGGGUUCACCAUCGCUGACAGCCUGACGGGUGGGGGUCAGAGGGUGAAGCAGAUUGUGGACUACCCCCGCUGCAGGGGCCUGAAGGAGUCAGACAUUCUGAUGGAGGUGAACAAGAGGAACGUCCAGAACAUGAGUCACAACCAGGUGGUGGACCUGCUCAGCAAGUGUCCCAGAGGGAGCGAGGUCACCAUGCUGGUGCAGAGAGGAGUGGUGCCAGCCAAGAGGAGCCCCAAGCUGCUGCAGCAGCUGGAGAGGAAGGACAGUCAGAGCAGCUCUCAGCACAGUGUGUGCAGCCAUCGCAGCACCCACACAGACUCUCCCAGCCACCCCUCCUCCAACAUGCCCAGUGAGGCCGUAGUCCCCCCUCCAGCCGCCCCCACCCAGCUGCUGCCUGGCCUGCCUCCCCUGCCCACCCAGGACCCUGGAGAUGGUACCAUGACCCUCCAGAAGAAGCCAGACCCCUUCAAGAUCUGGGCCCAAUCCAGGAGCAUGUAUGAGAGCAGACAGCCAGAUUGCCAGGAGCAGGAGAUCUUCCUGUGGCGGAAGGAUACAGGUUUUGGGUUCCGCAUCCUGGGAGGAAAUGAGGCCGGGGAGCCGAUCUACAUCGGGCACAUAGUGAAAUAUGGAGCAGCAGAUGAGGACGGGCGUCUGCGUUCGGGGGAUGAGCUCAUCUGUGUGGAUGGCACGGCGGUGGUGGGCAAGUCUCACCAGCUGGUGGUACAGCUGAUGCAGCAGGCUGCCAAGCAGGGCCACGUCAACCUCACUGUCCGACGCAAGAGCUCUGGAUACGGAGUGGGUAAAGGGGAGGGUGACGUGCCCCCGUCCCCAGCCUCGUCGCACCACAGCAGCACCCAGGCCCCCUCCCUGACGGAGGGCAAGCGGACCCCCCAGGGCAGCCAGAACUCCCUCAACACGGUCAGCUCCGGCAGUGGCUCCACCAGUGGGAUCGGCAGUGGGGGAGGAGGGGGCUCCGGCAGUGCUGUGGUCCCCGCAGCCCUCCAGCCCUAUGACAUGGAGAUCCAACGCGGAGAGAACGAGGGCUUCGGAUUCGUCAUUGUGUCGUCGGUCUCCAGGCCUGAUGCUGGGACUACUUUGGCUGGAAAUGCAUGUGUGGCCAUGCCCCACAAAAUAGGGCGCAUCAUCGAGGGGAGCCCUGCGGACCGCUGUGGGAAACUGAAGGUUGGCGACCGCAUCCUGUCCGUCAACGGCUGCUCCAUCACCAACAAGUCCCACUCGGACAUCGUCAACCUGAUCAAGGAGGCAGGGAACACCGUCUCUCUGAGGAUCAUUCCAGGUGACGAGUCCUCCAACGCAUCUCUGUUGACCAAUGCUGAGAAGAUUGCCACCAUCACCACAACGCACACACCCCAAACUGCCACAGAGCCUCAGAAUAACUCCAAGUUGAAACAGGCUCCUCCUCCACCUCCUCCAACACAAGCUCAGCCCUCACAGGAUGCAGAGUUCUACUCUGUGGAUCUGGAGCGGGACAGCAAAGGCUUUGGAUUCAGCCUGAGAGGGGGGCGGGAGUACAACAUGGACCUUUAUGUGUUGAGACUGGCUGAGGAUGGGGCGGCUGUCAGGAAUGGCAAGAUGAGGGUGGGAGAUGAGAUCCUGGAGAUCAACAGCGAGAGCACAAAGAACAUGAAGCACGCACGCGCCAUCGAGCUGAUCAAGAAUGGUGGCCGGAGGGCACGCCUGGUCCUCAAGAGGGGCGAUGGAUCUGUUCCUGAAUAUGACACCAGCCAUGACGGGCACUCUCCCACACCCGGGGCACAAAACUCUCCGGAAGUGAGAACCCUGCCACCAAACAGCCGAUAUUACACUUCAUCGGAGUCCAGUUAUCCACCAGACCUUCACAAACCAUCACGCCAUGAGGACACUGCGCAGGGCCGAGACAGGGACAGGAUGGAGCACUCGGGCCGGCACUUUAACCCCCACCACCAUCACACCUGGAAAAACAACCACAGCCACACCACCUCCAGACAACACUCCCCGGACAACAGCACCAGCGGCGGCAACAACAAGAAGAGCCUGGGCCGCAAAGUCAAGAAGUCGGAGUCGGAGAGCGGCAUCUCAAAACUCUUAAAGACUCUGCGCAAGGACAGCUCUGGGAAGAAGGCUGCAGCUGCAGCAGCGGAGAAAGAACGAGAGCGAGGGCUCUCUGCUAGUAGCAGUACUCUGGACCAGAGGUACAGUCGACCGCGCCGCGGCUCCCUCGACCGCUCGCCCACCCGUAAACGCAACGCUUCCCCUGACCGACGGCGGGCCAAGUCCAUGGACCGCAGGGCAGAGCGAGCACACAGGGACCGCACACCUGAGAGGGAGUACGACGACGGAGGGUUUCUCAGUCAUGCAGCCACUCCUGAACGACCACUCUAUGACCGUAGGCUCCUGAGGGAACCACAGACCUCUGGCAGAGCCUACAUGGAGGCCACCACCCCAGAACGCCCCAACAACGGGGCCUCCUCCCUGUCGCUCUCCAGGGGCCGCAUGACUGACAUGAAGGCCACCACCCCAGAACGGCCAAAUAACGGGGCCUCCUCCCAGUCUCUCUCCAGGGGCCGCACGCCCGACAGAGGCAGCCUGAAGAAUGGCAUCCUCCUGAGGGACUCGUCGGCCGAAAGGAGAGAUGAGAGCUACAGGAUUAACGGAACACCAGAGAGACGCUACAGGUCAGAGAGAGACUCAUCUCCAGACAGCAGCUCCAGCAGGGAGGAGCUGAACUAUGCAGCGCCGCCUGCUCCUAGACUGAAGGAUUACUACAGCACACUGAAGAACAACGCCUCCGCUCACCACCAAGCCGGCCACAACAUUGCAGAACACAGCAACAAGGCAGGACAACACCACAACAACGCAGCAGCAGGACACAACAAUGCAGUAGGCCGUGCCCCGAACCAGUUCCCAGAGCCUAAGAGAAGGUUUUACAAAGAGAGCCCCAAGGACCUCAGCAUCUGAGUGGACAGAGCCUGGCCCCCCUGGCCUCUCAGCCCUCGAACUGUGGAGACCACAGUACAUACACUGGACUUAGACUUCUGUGGAGAUUGACUCGUGAUUUAUCUGAUCGCCUGAUUGAUUGAUUUGACUACUUGUGAUCCCAGACAGAGAUUCAUACCACAGCAGGAGUACAAUCUAUUUUUUUUUCUUACUGAAUGUUUUGUUUCUGUUCUCGUUAUUUUGAGCAUAACUGAGGUUGUUAAUACUGUAGUGAAGGUAUGUGUAUGUGCCUAUCAAAUUACAAAUGGUGAUUUAGCUUUUUUAUAGGCAUCUCUGACUUCACGUGUUCCCUCUGAGGUUUCAAACAUGCUCCUUACUGUGGUAACAGGUACUUCAUGAUGGGCUUGUUUUAAUAUGUUUUUAGAUGUCGUUUUCCACCCCAGAAUUGCUUUAUAAAGCAAACUAUAGCACAAGAUGUUGGUAGUACAGACAUUUUAUGGACGACUGCAGUGUACAUACCUUAGUGAAUAUCAUACAGAACGAAGGCAAACCAACAUUUUAGAACCAAUGGUCAUUUUAGAAUGAAGUAAUAUAUUUCAAAUAAUACUUUUUGCAUUUGACUUGCUAUUUAUUUUCAAUUGGUACACACCAUGAGGAAGCUCGGUAAAAGCUUAAAGGACCAAGGUAUACACCCCAUAACCUGAAAAUAAUACAAAUUUUUACCCCUGCUGGAGUUGCUGUAGAACUGUUAUUUUUUUGUUCUAAAUUGGUAUGGCAGGCCCCUUUCUACCAAGCCCACAAACCCCCCACAAUCCGAGAGGGGAAAUCAGACCACCUAUUGAGAAAAACACCAGGUAUUGUUGAUAUUCCUCUCACAGAGCAGACAAGUCUAAAAACCCACCAGGAUCUGAGGCUGUUUUGGGCUUCUGUUUUUCAAUGUGUCUAGUAAUGAUGCGCCAAGUAGGAAAACUAAAGUUUCCUCUUCUCUCAGUAAAAGGUGUCUGAGUAGACUGCCUGUGGUGGAAAUAAAAUUGAACAAAGUUUUGUAUUCCUGUUCAGAGGACAGUAGAAGCAACACGUUACCUGACUGGAGCCUGUAACAUAAAGCCUACUUCACAGUUAUACGCAGCAUGGAGAGGUUGACAGAGAGGUCAAGUGGUUUUAAAGUAACCACAGUCCUAUAAUGCAUUUAUCCUACAAAUGUAGGAUGCUUAUUUGAUCACCCUGUUGCAGGAGAAUUUUCCCUUGUGAAAAAUAUAGCAACCACUACAAAAAUGUCCAUUAUUUUCCUGCUGUAGGAGACUGGCUCAAAUUAAGAUCCUACAUCUGUAGAUCCAUAUGUGGAUGUGAGGACAGCUAAUCCACUACAUCUGAUCAGUUUGAAGAUCCAAUAGAAAACCUGAUCAACGGCCCAUUGAUCCCAUACAGGUGAUAUGGGAGUAUUUCUAAAGUUCCUCUCUUCCUCUCCCUGCCCAAGGAAAUGAGGUGUUGAUGUAAUAAUGUAAGGGAAGUUGUUGUGAUGAUAACGGAUGGAAAGUUCCGGUACAGGAGUGGGCCUAUCUGCCAUGCUGAGCCAUGCUGUCACACCACUGGAGUCUGACUGCUUUAACCGUGUGGUUUUCUGUGUAUUCUCUGUUUUAUGUUUCACAAAACGACUAAAAAGAUAUAGGAAAAACCACAACAAAUGCAUUGUUUUAUCACUGUUGUUGCCAUGGUACUGUAAAAAAGAAAUACGAAAAAGAAAAAAGAAGAAGAAAACAUUUAAAGAAGAAGUUAACUUGCCGGCCACCACCUGUACAGAAUUUCACUAUGUAACUAAUAGGAACCCGUUGAGGAAUAAAAUGUUGCCUUUUUCUUGUACAAAAGAGAAAUUUAUGGGAAACCUCUGCAGUGAGGAAUGUGAUAUUGUGUUUAUAUUUCUGAAAUGGACCUGACGAUUCAUGAGAAAUAUGUUAAUGUUCUCUGAAUCAGGUAUGUAAAGACAUUCUAAAAAUUGAUGACUGUAUUUGGUCAAUCAGAAGCUGUUUGUUGGUUUGAAUAUCUCUCGAUGGUUAGCCUGCCUUUUUAUUAUAAAGCACUUGUAUGCAGUCUGUGUUCUUUAAGCAUUAUUGCAAUGUGCUCCAGACAUAAUGCUAUCUCUGUGUUGAUAAAAGCAUUACAUGUAUAUGGUCCAAUCUUUUUUUAUAAAACACUAUGCAUAUAUAAAUACUACAUUGUUCAUAGCUUUAUUUGACCCAUGAAGCUAUACAUAACAUUAGUCUAAGUACAAGUAGAUGUGGACUUAUCCAGUAAAGCUUCUUUCCUUGAGAUCGAUCACAAUGUAUACAGUAUGUAGCUAUCAAAAAGAAGUCUGUGAAUGCUAUUUUUAUUAUCAAAUAAAGUUUUCCAUACAAAUUCAAAAUAAUUUUUCUC